UCCCUUUGUGUUAGUCAGAGACUCGAGGAUACCUGGCGUACCCUGGCACUUACGUAUCCCGGUCACGCCUUUCUUACGUCACGUAAUUACCUGCUGACGUCACAAUAGACUACACUCACCUGUGCGUGACGAUUGGUCGAUACCAGUAGACAUAAAAGAAAGCCCGCUAGGAGGUGUACAAAUUGUGAGAAGCUCAGUUGCGUUUGGGGAACAAGCCUCUGUUUGUAGUCAGCGUUUUCCUGUACAUCCCGACCGAGAAAAGAAGAGUCAAAAUGUCGUCUGGGGAGCUCAGCGGUGGUAUGAAGUGUCUGAAGUAUCUUCUGUUCCUGUUCAACCUGAUUUUCUGGAUUGCAGGCGUGGGUUUGAUCGGUGUGGGGAUCUGGGUGCUUGUGGACACUGGAACCUACAACAUCAUGAAGCUGGCUGAGGUGAACACGCUGACGCUGUACGCGGGAGGCUACGUCCUGAUCGGGGCCGGGGUCGUCACCAUGAUCGUCGGCUUCCUGGGCUGCUUCGGCGCCGUGAAGGAGAACAGCUGCCUGCUGGGAACGUUCUUCAUUUGCCUGCUACUAUUGUUGUGCUUGGAGAUCGGCAUUGGCAUCUACGCUGCGGUGCAGAAAGACAAGUUCUAUGGCGUGGUUGAGAAGGCGAUGGACGCUCUGUCCCAGACGAGUUACUCCAGCAGGGACCAGGCCUCGCGCACCAUCAUCGACUUCGUGCAGAAAAACCUGGAAUGUUGCGGUAUGAACUCCACCUCCAACUGGAACCCAAAGCCACCCUCCUGUGCAUGCACCAAGACUGUCACUCACUGUGUUGGAGGGAAUUGGAAUCGGGCGUGUAACGUGCAGGUGCGGAUGUUCCUCAUGAACAGUGCUGUCAUCAUUGCCGGGGUGGCCUGCGGCAUCGGCGCCAUCUUGCUCGCGGGAGCCGGGCUGGUUGGAGUGGGGAUCUACGUGAUGGUGGCGUACGGCGUGUCCAACGUGUUCCAGCUGCUGAACCUGAGCGAGCUGCUCGUGCGCGGCGGCGGCAUCGCGCUCAUCGUGGUCGGCGUCAUCACCAUGAUCGUCGGCUUCCUGGGCUGCUGCGGGGCCAUCAAGGAGAACCGCUGCAUGCUGGGAGCGUUUUUCACCCUCCUGCUGAUCCUGCUGAUAGCUGAGAUCGGCGUGGCCAUCUAUGCCUUCGUGCAGCGCGGACAGUUCUUCAGCCUGAUCGGCUCCGCUGUGGACACGGUGUCUACAGUGAACUACAACAACGCCGACCAAGCCUUUCAGCGCCUGGUCGACUUCACCCAGACAUACCUGAAGUGCUGCGGAAUGAACGCCACCGACAACUACAACCCCAAGCCGGACUCGUGCGACUGUGCCGCCGGCAUGGCGGCUAGCAGCAUCUGUACCGGUGGGACUUACAACCAGCCCUGCAAAACCUCCAUCAUCCAUUUCCUGAUGAGCCAGGCCCUCGUUGUGGGCGGGGUCGGCAUCGGCAUCGGGCUUACCCAGCUGAUCGGGAUGAUCUUUGCCUGCUGUCUGUUCCAUGCGAAGGGAAAAGAGGGCGACGUCGUGUAAACUACAGUCACUACAGGAGUGU